AUGGAGCUCCUCAUGCCAGCCACCCUUGUCCUGCUCCUCUCCCUCUGCACUCCAGGCACAGGGGCGCGUGAAUAUACCUCCGUCCUUACUGUGCCUAAUGGAAGCCACUGGGGCAAGUGGGGGAGUAAGCGGUUUUGCCGCUAUGGUUAUGCCAAUGGAUUUGCUCUGAAGGUGGAGCCCGCCCAGUUUGGAAGAGACGACACAGCUCUGAAUGGCAUACGCCUGCAUUGUCAGGAUGACUCAGUCAUCGAGUCCUUGGUGGGGGAAUGGGGUACCUGGACCAGCUUCCAGAUUUGCCCUGGAGGCUACCUGGUCUCCUUCUCUCUGAGAACAGAGAUGUCCCAAGGAGGAGGUGAUGACACAGCAGCCAACAACAUCCAGUUCACAUGCUCGGACGCAACUGUGCUAGUAGGUGAUGGACUAUCGUGGGGUAGCUUUGGCCCAUGGAGCAAAAGCUGCAACAUAUGUGGUCUCCAGACCAAGGUGGAGCCCCCACAGGGGCUUAAGGAUGACACAGCACUCAACAAUGUGAAGUUCUUCUGCUGUAAAUGA